AUGGCACCGGCACAAUGUUGUCUGGCUGUGUUGUUACUCUUUGGCCACUCAGCAAUCGCACUGUCUGCCGACCCGGCGCAUGGAAGAGAGCACUUCCUUCAUUGGUACCCUCAGUACAGGAAGCAGCUGAGCAAGGCUAUCAACGAGACUUGUAAAGCACAAUACGAUGACUACGUGGUAGACCCCGUCGGAAUGCUCAGAACAGCAGACGGCAACGAGACCCAUGCAGGAUGUGAAUCUUGCUACAUGCAGCCGGUCCUGAGCUGUCUUCUUGACGACAUGUCGGAGUUCCUGAAGUCCCAAAUGGCCUCUACCGGUAUCUUGCUUGGACUUCUCCCAACUGUAGUCAGUCAAGUUGGUUCUUCCACGAUCGAAACCGGACUCCUGGCAUUACAGCGACCAUUCUUGGCCUUCCUUCUGAGUGCAGCAACUCCUGCUGUCGGUACAGACUCCGUCCGAGCUUUCGACUCGGAAGAGAUCCUCAGAGUCCUGUCUCGACCUGGCCACCAAUUGCAGUGGCCAUCGUUCAUGCACAUUGCCGAAGACGAUCGCCGUCGCAAGAUAAUCGCGGUCGUCGUGUCUAUAUCUCAAUACAUCUUCGCUACCGGCGCGGUGGUCAACAUAGGGCUGUGCACUGCUGAGCUUGGUCGGGCAGCUAUCUUUGCGAUGUCGCCUGCAGCUAUUUAUUUACCUGGGCUGUACAUUCUGCUCGCUUUGGCCAUAUACAUCAUGGGCAGCUUGGUUGUUCGAAAUCGUGUCCGGACGUGGGAGAUACGGCCUACGGUCACGACUGGAUCAGACGUUAAGCCAGCUAGGAGAAAGAGCAGAUUCGGUAUGCCGGUAUUUUGGCAGUGGUUACUGGAAGCAGAGGAGUCCGAGGGAGAAAUGCUCACCGGCACAGAAGACAUGCUCUAUAAGCCUACCUUCCGGGGAUGGUUCAAGCACGCAUUCUUGCCUCUGGAGUUCUUCUUUUUCAAGGAACAUGAACAUGACAAGAGACUGUACCUCGAGAUUCGUCGUGAGUCUCGAACGCUUUGGAUGGCCACGUGGGUUGUAAGGAGCGGCACGAUCUGCGUAUACAUAUUCGGGACACUCAUGUUCUCGAGCAUCCUCUUCGUUGGACCUCUGGACGGAUUGAAGAUCAUCGCGAGAUACCUGGCAAGUGCUGUGGUCUGUCGGAUGAUUAUGGUGUAUGAGCUCGUUGGCAUGAAGUACACCAGGGAAAUUUUGGCAGAGGAGGUGAAGCUGUUGACAAAUGAGAGUGCAGUUGUGAAGGAGGAUCCAGAGGCUAUAGCGUUGGUCAGGAUGGAUAGUGUUCAGCCGCAGUGA